UGUAUGAUGAAUUAGAGAUAUAUUGUUAGAAAAAGAAGUCCACGUCCAAUUAUUAGAUAUCUAAAAUAUUGUCCCAAAAUGACAGUUGCGUCUAUUAUGACAAUUUAAAAUUUUUAAGGGUACCCUUCAUCUCCUAAAGUCACUUUGUCUAAUAGUAAACUUUAUUAAUCCUUUACUAUUCAAUCAAGUCCUUAAUCCUAAAUGAAAAGAUGUAAAUAAAUACAUAAUUCAAUUAGAUUUAUCAGUCGAUGCAUAUAGGUCAAGCCCGCCUUAAACAAUAUUAAAAUCUGCAUCUCCAACAGAGAGAAAAUUUAGUUAUCUUUCCUAUUAAAGAACAACAAUAGGAUAAGAGAGUCCAGCUAAAUAAUAAGAUAGCAUUUAUCAAAUUGAAUAUGCUGAUGAUACCGUUUAUUAUGGAUAAAUAAAUAUAACGAAAAGGCAUGGAAUGGGUGCUAUGUAUGACAAAAACAAAAAUCUAAUAUAUUUGGGACAAUGGAAUGAUGAUAAAUAUAAUGGACUUGGAAUUUUAGUUUAGAAUGGGUAUACAUAUAAGGGGGAAUUUGUAAAUGGAGUUUUAGAAGGAUAAGCAAUAGAAGAGGGAAAUGAAAAGAAAUUUUAUGGAUAUUAUAAAAAUGGGUAGAAGAAUGGACCUGGCACUCUAUAUGAACAUUCAAAAACCAUAAAUGGAAUUUGGAAAAACGAUAUUUUAGAAUAAGAAUGUUGA